AUGAAGAUGUUGCAGUCGAUACUGCUGCUUGAUGUUACCUGCAGUCCCGGAAAUAUUGAUUUGCAGCCUGAAAAAAAAGCUGUGAGCCAAAUGCUUUCUCGAGUGAAGUUAUGCCGAAUACGACAUUCGCUUAUUGUGAGAUCAUACACUACUAAUACCUUUGCUAAAUAUCAUGCUUACGAUACCAGAACAAGAAGAACUAUGAAACAAGCACGUAAGACUCGAGUGAAAAAUUCGAGCUUCGCGGACUUAGCUGCAAGUGACAACAUCUUUCAGAUGGAAAUAGCAGACUUUCUUUCACAACAAGCACUCAAUCUCGAGGUUGUGGAGAAUGGUUCGGACACAAUUGAACAGUUUAAUAAUAGAAGAUCAAGACCCGUUAUUCAGCUUGACGCAACCGUACUCUACCAGACUGCAAACGGUGAUGGAUUAGCUUUAAUUUCGAAAGGUGCUUACCUUGGAUACGCUGAGACAGGUUUUACUGUGGUACAAAUACCAAAAGCUCUUGUUGGUGAUAAUGUCAAAAUUCAAGUUAAGCGUCUCUAUCGUUUUUUUGCUGAAGCUGAGGUGAUAGGCUUCAAUACAGAGACAAGUCCACUACGUAACAACGAUUUAAUUGUUUGCUCACAUUUUGACAGCUGCUCCGGGUGUCAGUUCCAAAUGGUAAGCUACGACGAACAAUUGAAAUUGAAACAAGCUACAAUUCAAAAAGCGUACAAAUUUUUAUUCCCUGAUCAACCAUGGUCGCCAGAUACGUUUGGGAUGGUUGUUCCUUCUCCUUUACAGUAUGCGUACCGAAGCAAACUAACGCCGCAUUAUCAUUUUCAACGAGAAAAUUUCACCAAUAAAACUGUGCCGAAUAUUGGGUUUCAGCACUCUAGCAAAGACAAGGGAAUCGUUGAUAUUCACGAGUGUCCUCUAGCCACUUCCACCGUUGAAAGUGCACUCUCUGAAGUACGUGAAGAAACUCAAAAUUCCAUAAUGGCCAACUACGAAAACGAAGCAAAGCAAAAAGGAGCCACCUUGUUUCUUCGUGAGAGCUUGCGCAUAAACUCUCAAACUGGAGAAUCGUCCAAAACUUGUUUGACAGACUCAAAGAAAGUGUGCACUGAAAAGAUUGGAGAGUCAAUAUUUCAGUUUCCUGCCAAUGAAUUUUUUCAAGUAAAUUCGUCAAUUUUGCCGGAUGUGGUUGACUUUGUUCGUUAUUCGAUGUCUUCCAAAGGAAUCAGAAACAUUGUCGAUGCAUACUGUGGCUCUGGAUUCUUUGGCAUAUCUUUAGCUAAUGAUGUGAAGAAUGGAAAGGUUGUGGGUAUUGAGAUUUCACGCCAGGCGAUCAAGUAUGCAACUCAUAAUGCUAAGCUAAAUGGUUUAGCUGUACCGCAGCAUGUGCAGUUCAUAGAGGGUACGUCGAAUGCUAUCUUCAAGCACGAGAGUUUCUUGUCUGCUAAACUCAAUCCCGAAGAAACUAUGGUGAUUAUAGAUCCUUCUCGGAAGGGUUCUGAUGAAAGUUUUCUACAACAAUUGCACGAAUUUGGUCCCAAGCUCAUCGUUUAUGUGAGUUGCAACGUUUUCAGCCAAGCAAGGGACCUUCAGUACUUCACGGCAAUGCUGCAAAAGUACACUGUUCAUGAAGUUAUUGGGUUUGACUUUUUUCCGCAAACGAAACAUGUCGAGUGCGUAGCGGUGUUGGAAAGAAACUAUGAAUAA